AUGCGCAUUGCGGUUGUUACGGGUUCAAACAAGGGCAUAGGGAACGGAAUCGUGGAACUUUUGUCCAGACAUUUCGAUUCUUCUGAAUGGCACGUUUUUUUGACGGCUAGAAAUGUUAAAUUGGGCGAGGAGGCGGUGAUGAAGUUCAAAGAACAAGGUCUUAGUAUAAAAUUCCACCAAUUAAAUAUUACCAACAAAGAAAGUCGUCGCAAACUAUUAGAUUUUGUAAAGAAAGAAUACCCUAAUGGCCUUGAUAUUUUGGUUAACAAUGCGGGAAUAUAUAAGCCUGAUCCCUCUUCACCUUCUGGUGAACAGGCUAAAGUUACCAUAGAAACGAAUUACACUGCCACUGUGGAUAUGUGUCUAGAUUUUUUGCCAGUAAUGGCGAAGAAUUCAAAGCUCAUUAAUGUUGCUAGCAUUCUUGCUCAGGAGACAUUUAAUGAAAUGUCUGAAGAAAUGGCUAAAAAAUUCAUGAAUGCUAAGACUUUGAAAGAAGUGGACGACCUGAUUGCGAAAUACGUUAAGCUUGCUGAAGCUGGUGAUCAUAAAAAGGAGGGCUUCGGAAGUUCGGCUUAUGGAAUGUCCAAAGUGGGUUUAUGGAAAGCAACUGAAAUUUUUGCCGAACAAUAUAAACUUGAUCCUCGUCACAUUCUUAUCAAUUCAUGUUGUCCAGGUUAUGUAAACACUGAUUUGAAUGACCACAAGGGAACAAAGACUAUUCUUGAGGGAGCUGAUACGCCGUUUUACCUUGCCACUUUACCUGAUGAUGCUACUGAGCCCUAUGGAGAAUUUAUAAGUGAACGAAAAGUUGUCAAGAUUGACGCAAAAUACAGAUAA